GUGUUGUGUGCGCGAGCCCUGCCCCUGUUUCCAGGCAGAUAAGACUCAACAUGGCGGCGACGGGUAACGAAGAACAGACGUUGUUGCCAGAUAUCGAAGAGGAGGCUGAGGGCAUGGAGCGAGAGAUGGAGUCAGAAGAGGAGGAAGAAGAAGGGAUGGGAGUUGAGCAUUCCGAGGAGGAAGAUGAAGAGAACACGUCCGAGGACGAGCGGGAGAAUGAAGCAGAGAUCCAGCGGCUGGAGGAGCAGCUGUCAAUCAACGCAUUUGAUUACAACUGCCAUGUGGACCUGAUCAAACUUCUGCGGCAAGAAGGGAAGCUUCACAGACUGCGUAAGGCCAGGCAGAAGAUGAGUGAACUCUUUCCUCUCACUGAAGAGAUUUGGCUGGACUGGCUUAAGGAUGAAAUUCGCCUAAUAGAAGACGAAUCGGAACGCGAGAAAGUCUACGAGCUGUUUGAGAGGGCUGUCAACGAUUAUGUGUGUCCAGAGAUCUGGUUGGAAUAUGUACAGUUCUCAAUCGGGGGAAUGGGAGCUCAGGGAGGGAUUGAGCGUGUUCGGUCCAUCUUUGAGAGGGCGCUGACUGCAGUGGGUGUACACGUGACUAAAGGGGCUUCAAUCUGGGAGGCCUACAGGGAGUUUGAGAUUGUUAUUCUCUCAACAGUACAGCCUCCUCCUGGCAGCGUUCCAUCAAAGGAGCAGCAGGAGCUGUUGAAUGCCCAGCUCGACCGCAUACACACACUCUUCAGGCGGCAGCUAGCUGUACCUCUGAUGGAUAUGGAGGGAACGUAUGCGGAGUACUCUGACUGGGCUGAUGAUGGCGUACCUGAGACGGUCACACACCAGUACAAACGUGCCCUGAAACAGAUGGAGAAAUGCAAACCUUACGAGGAGGCUUUGCUGGUCUCUGAAACUCCAAAGCUGGCGGAGUAUCAAGCAUACAUAGAUUUUGAGAUGAAGGAAGGGGAUCCGGCCCGUGUCCAGAUUAUAUUUGAGCGAGCACUGGCGGAGAACUGCCUUGUGCCAGACCUGUGGAUCAAAUACAACACGUAUCUGGAUCGUCAGUUGAAAAUAAAAGAUCUAGUGUUAUCUGCUCAUGAGCGAGCCGUCAGGAACUGUCCCUGGACCAUGGGCCUGUGGAAGAGCUAUCUUUUGGCUUUAGAGCGGCAUGGGACAGACCAUCAGACAGUGACAGAUGUGUUUGAAAAGGCCCUGAAUGCAGGAUUCAUCCAGGCGACCGAUUAUGUUGAAAUCUGGCAAUCUUAUUUGGACUACUUGAGGAGACGUGUUGAUUUCAGCAAAGGCAAGACCAUAUGCUUUUCUUUUCUGCCCUUUUUUCUGAUCUAUUCUUACAUUCUCAAGUUUUGGUCCACAGUCACAGCUGAUAUCAGAUUAGUGAAUCUGGUGAUUUUACUAUUGAUGGAUUUGUUGAUCAUUGCAGUGUGGAGCAGGGAGCUGGACGAGCUGCGGGCAGCUUUUGCACGCUCCCUCGAUUACCUGAAACAGGAUGUAGAAGAGAGGUUCAGUGAAAGUGGAGAUUUGUCCUGCACAAUAAUGCAGAUCUGGGCAAAGAUAGAGGCCUUACACUGUAAGAACAUGCAGAAGGCCCGUGAACUGUGGGACAGCAUAAUGACAAAAGGGAAUGCAAAAUAUGCCAACAUGUGGUUGGAAUAUUACAACCUGGAAAGGUCCUAUGGAGAUGCUGUUCACUGCAGGAAGGCUCUUCACAGAGCUGUACAAUGUACAUCAGACUACCCUGAGCAUGUGUGUGAUGUCCUGCUCAACUUUGAAAGAGUGGAGGGCUCUCUGGAAGACUGGGAUGCUGCAGUCCAAAAAACAGGGACCAAACUCAACAGAGUCAAUGAGCAGAGAGCAAGAGUGGCUAUAAAAGAGUCUAACCUAGCCAGACAAGAGGAGGAGAAAGCUGAGCAAAGGAGGAAAGCCAAGGCAGAUAAAAAAGGCCAAAAGAAGAGCCAGAAAGCAAACAGAACAGGGGAUAAACGGAAAGCUGAAGACGAUGGCGAGGAGGAAUGGGGAGAUGAAGAAGAGCUGCCAUCCAAGAGGCUCCGAGGGGAAGGGGACUUUGGCAGCACGGCCACAGAGGAGCUCAUGGAGACAGAAAGCGGGCUUUUCGGCCGACGAGCUCCACCACCGCGUAAAACUGAGCCUCCUGGUUUCCGCAAGAACCAGCAGAGAGCGCCCGAAGCACAGCGAGAACCCCAGGACGUGUCAAAGGAGCAGCGCAAAGAUGAAAAUAGUGUGUUUGUCAGUAACUUGGCCUUUAAUCUGGAAGACCCCGAGGGCAAGCUGCGGACAUUGUUUAAGGGUUGUGGGAUAGUAGAGCAGGUGCGGCUCGUGUAUACACCAAAAGGUGUGUUUAGAGGCUAUUGCUACGUGCAGUUUGAGGACCGGCUAGCUGUACCUGAGGCACUGAAACUAGACAGGCAGGAGGUGGAUGGACGGCCCAUGUAUGUGUCUCCUUGUGUGGACAAGAGCAAGAAUCCUGAUUUCAAGGUUUUUAAGUACAACACGUCAAUGGAGAAGCAGAAGAUCUUUAUCUCGGGCCUGCCGUACACCUGCACUAAAGAGACACUGGAGGACCUCUUUAAAGAACACGGCACAAUCAAAGCCAUCCGGAUAGUCACCAACCGUUCAGGCAAACCCAAGGGUUUGGCAUAUGUGGAAUAUGAGAAUGAGGCACAGGCUUCACAGGCUGUGCUGAAGAUGGACGGCACCAUGUUGGAGAACUUCACACUCUCUGUUGCUAUUAGCAACCCCCCAAGAAGGAAUAUGGAAGAGAAAGCAGCACCCAGUCGAAUCCUGGGGGCAACCAUGCAAAGGCAACCUCAGGGAGCAAGGGGAAAAGGACGCACUCAGGUCUCUCUGCUGCCACGCUCUCUGUACCGACAGAGUGCUCCAGAUGCCAAAGCGGAGAACGGGACCGUUUCUGUACCACAUGCCACAGUGACAGAUGGAGUGCACGGAGGACCUGGAACCACAAGCCUGGACACGCAAACCAAGUCUCUGUCCAAUGAGGACUUUGCCAGGAUGCUGCUCAAAAAGUGAAAUUGUAUGCAGAUAACACAAGAGGAAUACCUGCCUUCUGACAGAAAGCCAUGCUGUGUCCUUACGAAGUCCAGCGGAGAAACAGCGUUUUAAUUUAGCCAACUUUCUGUAAAUACGUGACCACCCUAGAUAUAUAAUUAAACUAUUUUAACACCUAAUCAAUGGAGAUGUGAGCUGUAUUGUUUUCUUUAACCUCUUAGUAAUAAAGAAAGGGGGCAGAUUUCA